UGUCUUCUGUACUUACCCAUCUUGCGUCCUGAGGCAGUUCUUCCAGUAACUGCAGUAAAGACAUCUUCAAAUACAAAAACUGUUCAGACUCAUUCCCGUGGAAUUGAUCUUCAAUGUAUCCAUGAGAGGAGACUUUUUUAUACCAGACGUGUCAGUGGGAAAAUGACCUGGAGCCAUUCUGUUAGGCUUCUGUUUCUGAUCAGUUUGAUAUUACAGACCAUCCCCAUGGGAAACAGCUGUCAUACAGGGAAAUAUAAAAUUAGUAGAGAAGAAAGCAGCAGUGGUAAAGCUCAGAAGUUCCAGCAGAAAACACUCAACUGGACCUUGAAUAAUUUAAGGGAGGAGAAUGACAGCACAGAAGGCUGGAAGCCUCAGGGUUCAUUCCCCCACUCCUUGACUUUCCAAGAGCUAAGCGGCAAUGCUGCAGACAAAGGUCAUCUCGGUGCACCUCCGCGGCCGAGCUGCUGCCAGAACGGCGGCACCUGCGUGCUGAGCAGCUUCUGCGUGUGCCCCGCUCACUUCACCGGCCGCUACUGUGAGCACGACCAGAGGCGCAGCAAGUGCGGCGCCCUGGUGCACGGAGCCUGGACCUUCCGCGGCUGCCACCUCUGCAGGUGCGUCUUUGCGGCCCUGCACUGCCUCCCGCUGCAGACACCCGGCCGCUGUGACCUGAAAGACUUUCUCACCUCACACUCUAAUGGACCUAGAACCCAGCUCACGUGGAGUAUUCUCCUCCUCCUGUCCUGCUUUCUUCUGAAAUCCAUCCUCAGUGAAGGGGGAGCCUGCUGAUCAGACCACAUUUCACCCACCAGAACCAGAUCUGUUCCUGGCCUCCCAGCGUGGCUGAACAAUAUGGUGCUGCAUGGGGAAGCCAGGAAUUAUGUGUCUUCUUGCAUGUGUCUAUGUUGUAUGUAAUAGGCUGGUUUCAUUUCUUAUA